GGUCCUUUUGAGUUUGCUGCUUACGCCUGAUUUUAAGCGAAUUCGCCAUGAGCCGGUGGUCGCUGGAUGGGUUUAAGGUCGUGGUCACAGGCUCCACCAAGGGGCUGGGCCGCGCCUGCGCGGCGGAGAUGUUGGCGCUCGGCGCAGAGGUGGUCAUCACCGCCCGCAAGCCUGCGGAGGUGGAGGCGACCUGCGCAGAGCUUGCAGGGAGCGGCAAGGUUUAUGGCCUUGCUGCGGACGUGUCCGGCAAGGAGGGCAGAGAGGCGCUGGCGGCGUAUGUGCAAAACCUCUGGGGCGGUGUCCUGGAUGGUUUGGUGAACAACGUGGGCACCAACGUGCGGAAGCCCAUCCACGAGGCGACGGAGGAGGAGUACACUACCAUGAUGAGGACCAACGUGGACUCCUGCUGGUUCCUGUGCAAGAUGUUCAAGCCCAUGCUGGAGCGCUCGUCACGCCCCUCGGUGGUGAACAUCUCCAGCGCGGCGGGGGUCCGUAGCACAGGCACGGGCUCGGUGUACGCCAUGACCAAAGCGGCUAUGGCACACUUGGCGCUCAGCCUGGCAUGCGAGUGGGGCCCCCUGGGCAUUCGAGUGAAUUGCGUGUGCCCCUGGAUGGCCCGCACACCUCUCCUCGAAGAGGCCGUGCGGAACAAUCCGCAGCAGCUGGAGGACGUGAAGCGUGUCACUCCCUUAGCUCGCCUCGGGGAGCCUGAAGACACCGCUGGCGCCGUGGCCUUUCUUUGCAUGCCAGCGGCCGCAUACAUCACCGGCCAGGUGAUCUCCGUGGAUGGGGGCCUUCAAGCGCAGGGCUUCCGUGGCCCGUGCGUGGCGGAGCCCCGGCUCUGAACUCGUUCCACGCGGCGCGGCAAAGCCCAACGCUCGCUUUGGACGGCGACGCGAGAAAUGUCCA